AUGACGGAUGCUCAAGAAAUACAGGAUAAACCAACUGACGCAAUUCCGGCCAAUGCGUCUCAAAAGAAAGACGAAUCUCGUGAUGAAAUGCUUUCUCGGCACAGAAAGGAGAUAACACAGCUACAAAACAAAGAAAUUGAGAUGAAAAAGGCAGCAGCAAAAGGUAGCAAGGCGGAACAGAAAGCUAAGAAAAAGUUGGUUGAGGAAGAGAUCUCUCAACUAUCUGAGAAGCUAAAAGGAAAACAUUCUGAAGAACUUGCUUCUUUAGGUUAUAACAGUACUAAUGGAAAUGAGAGUAGCAAACUUGAUAGCUUGGUGAAGGCCGUAGCAGGGGUUUCUGUUACCAACCAGCCUGAACAUUCGAAGCCCAGCAAGAGUGCAAAGAGGCGGGGAAAAGAGCUCAGCAAGAAGCUGAAAGAGAACAAAGAAUACAAGAAGAGCAGAGCAACCUUUGAAAUAAAGCCUGAUGGGCACUGCCUCUACCGAGCUGUUGAAGAUCAGCUAGCGCUUCUUUCUGGAGGUUCAACUCCAUAUAAUUACCAAGAGCUUCGAAAAAUGGUGGCUGCCUAUAUGAGGGAAAAUUCAUCUGAUUUCCUCCCCUUUUUCCUGUCAGAUACUACGACUGAAGAAAACUCUGAGAAUUCACUCUCAGACAGAUUCGAGAAUUACUGUAAAGACGUUGAGUCUACAACAGCAUGGGGAGGGCAGCUGGAGCUUGGGGCUCUAACUCACUGCCUACGGAGGCAUAUCAAGGUAUUUUCAGGAUCCUUCCCUGAUGUUGAGAUGGGAAAGGAGUACAAAUCUGACGGUGGUGCUUGUUCAUCUAAUGCAAGUAUUAUGUUGUCAUACCAUAAGCAUGCAUUUGGGCUUGGGGAGCACUAUAAUUCUGUUGUUCCAAAUUUGGCCCAAUAG